CUACCAGCCUCUCUACUCCCGUCAUCAGCCGCCGCAGCUUCCAGAGCUCAGCACACAUGCUCCAAGUGGUACCGGCAGGAGCCAUGCCCGUCCGCAAGCCCGUGGGCGCCUUCCGUGGCGGUAUCCUCGGAUUCCUCUCUGGGGCCGUGUUGAGCGGAGGAGCUCUUUACUACUAUGUCAUUGACGAGUACCGUGUCUCCAACGAACUGUUGACCGAGGACAUUUACGCUCUGCAGUCAGCCGUCUCGCGCAUAGAGGGCUAUGUCAAGUCGCUCGAGGAGAAGGCCCGCAAGUAAUCGUCAGACUCGCUUCCCACGCGCCAAUUCCUCCGUCCGCCAUACCCACGCAGCUCCCUGAUCCCGCACUAUCAGCCCGAACCUCCUGCCACUCGACGUCACCACUCGAAUCCCUUUAAGCAUGCGCCGAAGCUCUCAGCAUCAUUUGUCUCCAUCUUCCGCGACACGCCAAACGAAAUACAAAGCUUCAAAGCUCCGUCUCCUUGUUUCCUUACCUUUCACUAUCUUCGUACAACGACAAGAUAUCCCACCUCGAAUUCAGCAUACCCAAGAAUUGAAAACCAAUACCAUUCUCCAUCCGUGCCCAAAGAAAGAGCUGUGAAAUGCGUGAACAACACGGUUCGUAUACACGAGUCCAAGACAGUUGUCUGUGUCUCUGCCAAUACCUUGCUUCUUCCUUGCAAAGAUGAUGCCAGAC